UAAACUUGAUGAGGUUAACCACUCUGGGUAAGAUUCAAGAAGUCCUUGUUGUUUUGUUGUUCUUUAAAUGUGUUUUGGUUGUAGUGGUAUCCUUGAGAACGCUGAGAAAUUAUUGUCCAAGUUGGAGGAGAGCGAGCCAGAGCUGGCAACGUGUCAAGAGGAGGAGUGUGUUAUCUGUAUCCAUGCCAAAGCAACAAUGCAAACCUCACCAUGCGGUCAUCAAGUUGUUUGUCGAAAAUGCUUCGUCAAAACCAUCCAAAUCGCUGUAUCCCAGCGACUUCUUCCGCUGAGAUGCGUCAUUUGCCGUGCAAAAAUAUUACGACUGAAAACAGGCCCAAUGUUUCCUACAUCAGCUAGCGGCUACUCUAUGGCCUCCAGGACAUCCUCGGUUCCGGCUUCGGACAGCCUGUAUAGCGUGAGCAGCGGAGGUUCUUCCAUAUCUUCAUCUUCCUCGGGCUCUACCGAUAUCGCUGCAAAUAUAAAAGGCAUGGACCACAUUCAUGGAGCAUGCUGCAAAGGUAGAUGCGUAGGAGGAGCUUAUCCCAGACAACCAUCAACGGGAGCUAUCAAAAGAUCUCAAAAGCAGGACAUGAAAAUGACAUUGAAAGGCUACUGUAGACCGGAAAAGAACCACAUCAAUCGUCUUCCUCCAAUCAGAGAGUCGAGUCCAUUGCACAGUGUACCACCAGCAUCAACAAGAAUAAGAUGUGCACAGAAAAUCGUAACACAACUUGAAAUGCCGCUACUGAGCAGAAAUCCAAAAGGCUACAAGUACGAGAAGCUGUCACAAGAUGAAGAGGAUGAAAUACCACCCGUUAAAAACAACAACAAUAGUCGAAAAAAUGGCGAGAAAAAAAGAUGGUGGUGCGACCGAAGCAAGAGCGAGGAGAAAAUCGACAACAAAAAGAACGAAAUCAUGGAGAAAAACAUGGAAAUGAAGGAGAAAAUGGACAAGAGGAAGGGCUGUAAAAAGAUACUGCUGUUUGGUGAAGAGAAUUUUUAAGUUUGUUUCAAAUCUGUGGAAGUUAAAAAGAGGUUAUAAGUUAUAAACUAUAAAGGCAUUGUUAGGCUACAUAGUUUGAAUAUUUGCUGACUUAAUUUCCUGUUCAUCAGUGCCGUUCUAAUUUUAUUUACGUGUAAAACGUGUAAAAGUAUAAUAUAAAGUAGACACAAUAAUUUGUUGGUUUUGUAUUUCGUUAUCUAUAAAUGUUAUUAGUUUCUAAGCGAAUUUCAUAAUUGAUUCAUCACAUGCACAGAUAAAGGAAAUAAAUUUAAAUUUAGAUUGG